AUGGUGUCCCUGUCACUCUUCCUCUUCAACCUCCUUCUCCUCCCCCACACCGACGGUAUUCACCUCUUCGCGGCCCUCCUCUCUGCCAAGGAGUCGCCCAACAUGUCCAUCCCGUUCCAGCUCCUGGAACAGAUGACGGACGACGACGAGUCCCAAGACGGCCCCACUCCCGGCUCUCGCCUGUGGGACCAGCCGCGACCCGAGGACCCGUGGCAGCGCCGCGUGAGGCGGACCGCACAGACCGUCACAGCCUCCGCUGUGGCUGCUUGGGCAGUUGGCUGGGUGACAGUCGCCCUCCUCAAGUCCAGUUAG